AGCCUCUACCGUGUGAUUGUGGUCGACCAGGAGGAAUAGUGAAUCCUAAAAAAUGAAAAAGAAAAGAAAAGCCCUACUCCACCCAACCUCCCCUCUCUCCGUCUCCACCGGCUCGCCGCCGCUGCCGCCAUGACCUCCAGCCGGCUGCCCACCCUUUCCCUCCGAUCCGCGUCCUCCUAGCCCAUCCGCUUCCCCCACCUCCGGUCGACGAAAGAUCACACCCCGCGCCAUGGAAAUCCCGCGCCCUGUUCUCCUUGGUCUGGGGCAGCUCAUGGAGCACCUCCUCGGCGAUCCAGCAGCCUCCGCCCUCCUUCAACAAAUCGAAUCCACCAGAAAAUGAGAGGGAAGCACCGGCCGUAUCGGCGAAUCCUUAGCCUCUCCUCUGAAUGCUUCUGUUUUAGUUAGUAUCUGUAUGCUGACAUGUCGUUCUUAAUUGACAGCUUUUGCUUCAUACUCCACUUACUUUACCAAGUUUGUUGUUUGUCCUAAUGACAGAUUGAUCGGGGAUGGAGGUGUUGAUUCGAUUGCUUUUACGCCAGCUAAGGGCAAAAUCCCUCCCUCCAAGCGAGACACGUCUCUGUAGUUCUAGUUCAGUUGAUUUCAUCUGCGGCACAGAUCCCCCUCCCCCUCCUCUCCUGCAGUUCCUCCUCCCCCUCCUCUCCUGCAGCUUCUCCCUCCUCCAGGACAGCAAGCAAGCAGCACCUCUCCAAGACAGCAGGCAGCAGCAAGGUCAGCAUGCAGAACAACGCGACAGAGGUUCCUGCCCAAGGCCAUGGCCUUGGGCAGGUGAGCAACAACGACAUCAGGCUGUCCGGCUCCGUCAUUGGGGGCACUUUCGUCGUUGUCGUUGUUUUGGUGGGCGGCGCUAUUCUUCUGCACCGAUUCUUCAGGUUCUACAAGCUGGAGAAAGCACUGCGAGCGCUGAAGAUCCCCCCCUCCAGGUUCCAACCGGAGGGGGCAAUCAACUCAGUGUGCACCAUCUGCAUUGCAGAUUUCCGCCCCCGCGCGCGCGUGGCAGUGCUCCCCACGUGCGGGCACGUCUUCCACCGCCACUGCCUCCGGGAGGUGGUGGCGGGGCAGAGCCCACGCUGCCCGCUCUGUUGGGCAGCUCUGCUGUGAAGGUUUGAUGAAGGAGGAGGAUCGACAGGUGAUGAGGAAGGGGGCGCUGAUGCUCAAAGACAAUGCCAGCAACACGAUGCGCACCUGCGCAGCGAUCCAGGAUGACAACAGCGGCUGAUGAAGUUGGCAGCUGGGUCAUUAAAGCAUGGCAGCGUUUCCCCUUUUCGUUGCUUGUCUGAUAACUUUGACCCCUGCGUGGGUAGACUUCCUGUGUCUUGUUUGGUUGGCACCUGUUUUGAGCUGAUAGUUCCCUUGGAUGUUAAUGGGUUAGUCUUUACUACUUUUAUGAGUAUUUAACAAAAAACAACUGAAAGGAUC